AUGGGUCCACGAAAGAAAAGUGUUAAAACAUGUCUCAUGAAUAAUGAAAUCCCUGAGGAAACCAUAUCCGAUGAAACAAAGGAUUAUAUGAAUCAACUUUCACAUGAAGUGCUUUGUCAUAUUUUUAGGUACCUCCCUCUACAGGAUAUCAUGUGUAUGGAAUGUCUUUCCAGGAAGCUAAAAGAAGCAGUGACCCUAUAUCUGAGAGUGGUGAGGGUUGUGGAUCUCUGUGCAGGGCGGUGGUGGGAAUACAUGCCAAGUGGCUUCACAGAUUCCAGUUUUCUCACACUAUUGAAGAAGAUGCCAGACGUCGAACAGCUAUAUGGCCUUCACCCUAGAUACCUUGAGAGGCGAAGGGUACGGGGGCAUGAGGCUUUUAGCAUUCCAGGAGUUCUGGAAGCUUUGCAGGCAUGCCCAAACUUAGUGGGUGUGGAAACUUCUCAUUUGGAGUUGGUAGAAUCUAUAUGGACAUAUAUGCCGCAUGUUCAUAUUUUGGGGAAGUUUCGUAAUCGUAAUGGAGCGUUUCCAAUUCCUCCUGAAAAUAAACUGAAAAUUCCUAUAGGAGCCAAAAUUCAAACUUUACAUUUAGUUGGGGUGAAUGUUCCUGAAAUUCCUUGUAUCCCGAUGCUAAGGCACCUUUAUAUGAAAUGGGUAAGACUCACCAAACCACAGCCGUUCAAAGACUUUCUUUGCAUCAGUUUACGAACUUUCGUCAUGAGGAACUGUGCAGGACCCACAAACUCCUUGAAGUAUGUCCCCUUAGUAACAGGCUUAGCCUCUGCCCGAAACUUGGAACAUUUGGAAAUGGUUCGAGUUCCUUUCCUUGGAGGUCUUAUCCAACACGUAGUUGAAGACAGUUGGAGAUCAGGUGGUUUUAGAAAUUUGCACACUAUUGUAUUGGGAGCUUGCAAAAACGCUCUUGAAGUAGAUCUUGGUUACCUCAUCAUCACUGCUGCUCGUAGGUUACAUGAAGUUCGGAUCCAGCCUUCCCUAACCAAAGAUGGCGUCUUUUCUGCCCUAAAGAUGGCAGAGUUGGAGUUCCCCCAGUUUGAAACACUUCAUCUGGGAUAUGUAGAUGAGUUUUUGCUGCAGAGUAGAAUGGCAAAUGCAGAUCUGGUAAAGUAUGGUUUGGCCGAUGUGGUAGAAAAUCCUGGUAUCAUCACCGAUAUAGGGAUGAAGGCAGUCAAUGAAGUUUUUUCCUGUAUCAAAUACCUGGCAAUUUACAAUUGCCCCCAUCUACAUAACCCAUACAAUUGGAUCUCAGACCACUCAAGAUGGACUCGAUUGGUUGAUAUCAACUUAGUGCGGUGCCACGCUUUGAAGCUGGACUCCUUUGGCCAGUUUAUUGAAUUGUUGCCCAGCCUGGAGUUUAUUUCGCUAGACCAGAUGUUUCGUGAGCCACCCAAAGGCUGUGCUCGAGUUGGUCUAAGUGCAGGCACAGGAAUCGGGGUUUCCUCGGCCCUUGUUAGCAACCAGAACUCCAACAAUGACAAUGACAAUAAUGCCCAGAAUAAUGCCAACAUCCACGAUAACAAUCACCAUCAUCCAGAUGACUCCGAUGAGGAGAACGACUUCCGGCCAGACCUGCAGCCAGGAGAGCAGCAGUUUGCAGCCGACGCAUUGAAUGAGAUGGAAGACAUGGUGCCAGAAGACGGAGAGUUGGUGGCUGCGAGCGGACGGGAGACGGCAGCUCGCAGUCAGGCGGUCAUCCCUGUGGAUGUUGACGAGGAGCAAGCAGGACCCAGUGGUCUUCAGCGUGUCGUAAAACCAACCCCAAUUACUGUUCAUGAUUCAGAGAGUGAUGAUGAGGAAGACAGUCUAGAACUUCAAGAAGUCUGGAUUCCUAAGAAUGGUGCUCGGCGUUACUCUGAGCGUGAAGAAAAAUCUGGAGAGUCCGUGCAGUCCAGGGAAUUGUCAGAGGUUGCCAAAACAAAGCCACGGCAUGCCAUGAAGCGGAAACGGACAGCAGAUAAGUCCACCAGUACCAGCGACCCUGUGAUUGAGGAUGACCAUGUGCAGGUCCUCGUAUUAAAAUCCAAAAAUCUUGUUGGAGUCACUAUGACCAACUGUGGAAUCACAGAUCUAGUGCUAAAAGACUGUCCCAAGAUGAUGUUCAUCCACGCUACCAGGUGCAGGGUACUGAAACAUUUAAAAGUAGAAAAUGCACCAAUCGUAAAUCGAUUUGACUACGCACAGUGCAAGAAACUGAAUAUGGAUCAAGUACUAGACCAGAUCCUACGGAUGCCUCCUGAGAGAAACCGCAUCAUAUACCUCCGCCCGAUGCAGCAGGUGGACACACUAACAUUGGAACAGAAGCUCUUUAGUGGUCCCUACCCCUAUCACAUCUGUAUAAUCCACGAGUUCAGUAACCCUCCCAAUGUCCGGAACAAAGUGCGUAUCCGCAGCUGGAUGGAUACCAUAGCAAACAUCAAUCAAGAGCUCAUUAAGUACGAAUUCUUCCCUGAAGCCACGCGAAGUGAGGAUGAUUUAAAGAAAUACCCCAAGUACCCGUGGGGGAGAGAAAUCUAUACUUUAGAAGGGGUUGUGGAUGGAGCUCCGUAUUCCAUGAUCUCUGACUUCCCUUGGUUGAGAUCAUUGCGGGCAGCAGAACCCAACAGCUUCGCCAGAUAUGACUUUGAAGACGAUGAAGAAAGCACCAUCUAUGCUCCUCGAAGGAAAGGGCAGCUGUCUGCAGACAUCUGUAUGGAAACAAUAGGAGAGGAAAUCUCGGAGAUGCGUCAAAUGAAGAAGGGUGUGUUUCAGCGAGUAGUGGCAAUUUUUAUCCACUAUUGUGACGUCAAUGGGGAGCCUGUUGAAGAUGACUACAUUUGACU